AUGGCUGAAGCUACUAGAUCCAAACAAAUGCAACAGCAGAUUGAUGCCUUGGAGGAGAGCCACCUCGCUACCCAAACACGCUUCAACACCAUUGAUGAGAGGCUAGACCAGCUCAAUGAAAUGGUUCGAACCUUGGUUGCUCACCAGGGGAAUAUGGCACGGGACCUGCAAAACCAUCAAGAGAACGAGCAAGUGCAGCAAAGGGGGCAAGCUCUAAGAGGUAUUCGUUUGGAGUUUCCUCACUUUACGGGAGAAAAUCCAUCUGCUUGGAUCUUUAAGGCAUCACAGUACUUUGAAUACCACCAAACAAACCCUGCCCAAAAACUAUUAUUGGCUGCAUACCACAUGGAGGGAGAAGCAUUAGUAUGGUAUCAAGAGGCCUUAGAUACAGCCCAGUUUGUGAGUUGGGAAACUUUGAUGAGGGCUAUGUUGAUUCGCUUUGGACCAACUGCCUAUGAUGAUCCUAUGGAAACCUUGACUAGGUUGAAGCAAGUCACCACAGUAGCCGCCUAUAAGGCUAGUUUCGAGUCACUCUCGAAUAGAGUGAGAGGCUUACCCGACCACCAUAAGCUGAGCUGCUUUCUCAGCGGCCUUAAGGAUGAAAUAAGGUUGCCUCUUCGCAUGUUUAACCCACACAACUUAACAGCAGCCUUUGGCUUAACACGAAUUCAAGAAGAAUACCUUAUUAGUGCUAAGAAACCAAUGAAGUUCGUGGGGGAAAAGGGGCAAUUUAGUCCCACUAACAACUAUGUUUCGUAUGGGAGUAGUGGUGCUACAGGAAGUAACAACCAGAAAUACAGCCCUCUUAUCAAAAAAGUUUUCUCCACGGAAUGGGAUGAGAAGCGUAAGAAAGGGUUGUGCUAUCAUUGUGAUGAAAAAUGGAACCCCAAUCAUAUUUGCAAGAAAGCUAAAGUGUACCUCCUACAAGGAGUGGAGGAUUUGGAGGAGAGGGAGGUAGGUGACGAGGAAAUUACGGUUGCUGAUUUACUUAUUGAAGGAGACUCAAAACAGAAAGGGGUGGUGGUAGAACCCGAGAUAUCCUUAAAUGCAAUUACGGGAACGCCUAGUUCUAAGACUAUGCGACUCAUGGGGUGGAUAGGGAGGACACAAGUGGUCCUUUUGGUGGAUUCAGGGUCAACACAUAGCUUCGUGGACCCCUCUAUUGCUCAAACAGCCAAGCUGGUGGUUGAUGAGUCAAAGAGACUUGCUGUCAAAGUUGCUAACGGACAGAUAGUGCAAGGCUUAGGUUACUGCAGUAACGCCAAGAUCAAGGUACAAGGUAUAUCCUUCUAUCCCUCCUUUUAUGUUUUACCUCUUGGGGGUUGUGAUGUCGUUCUUGGCGUGGAUUGGUUGGAGACACUUGGAACCAUUGCUUGGAAUUUUCAUGAGUUGUCCAUGAAAUUUCUAUAUCUUGGGAAGAAUGUUGAGUUGUUGGGACUGAAAUUGGAAGGGUUGACCCUUGCUAAGGGGGGAAAAUCAAUGCUUACAUCCAUGCAAAGGGGGAAGGGGUUAUUUUUGCAGCUUGUUAGUGAAACCAAUGUGUUGAGGAUCUCGGGUGGAGGAGAUGAGGGACUUCCACCCUCAAGACCCCAAGACCAUAGAAUACCCCUUAAAGAAGGAACCCAACCCAUUCCCGCUAGACCUUACCGUUACCCACACUACCAAAAGUCAGAAAUUGAAAAGAUAGUGGCUGAGUUACUUGAAUCAGGUGUAAUAAGACCCAGUUCAAGCCCCUUCUCGUCUCCUGUACUUUUGGUCCGUAAGGCGGAUGGGAGUUGGCGUAUGUGUGUCGAUUAUCGAGCACUUAACCAAGAAACCAUAAAGGAUAAGUUCCCUAUCCCCGUUAUUGAUGAACUCUUGGAUGAGUUGCACGGGUCGGUGGUUUUUUCAAAGCUGGAUUUGAGGUCCAGAUACCACCAAAUCCGGGUGGUAGCCGAGGAUGUGGCAAAAAUAGCAUUUAGAACUCACGAAGGGCACUAUGAGUUCCUCGUGAUGCCCUUUGGUUUGACUAAUGCCCCAUCAACUUUUCAAGGGCUGAUGAAUGAGGUGUUUCGACCUUAUUUGCGAAAGUUUGUUUUAGUGUUUUUUGACGACAUUCUAGUGUACAGCAGCUGCUGGACAGACCAUUUAAUGCACUUACGUGUGGUACUGGAAGUACUACAAAAAAACCAAUUAUUCGCUAAAUUGUCCAAGUGUCAAUUUGGGGUCAGUGAAGUAGAGUAUUUGGGACACAUAGUGAGUGAAAAGGGAGUGAUGGCUGACCCACGGAAGGUGGCUGCUAUGCUGGACUGGCCGGUACCAGUGAAUGUCAAAUCCUUAAGAGGAUUUUUGGGGUUGACGGGAUACUACUGGAAAUUUAUAAAGGGGUAUGGAACAAUUGCUGCACCAUUAACGGAUUUACUUAAAAAGCAUGCCUUUGUGUGGAAUGAGGCUGCCUUAAAAGCUUUUUAA